CUUCAAAAAUAUUUAUAAAGCGUAAAGAUAACACUCUAAGCUGGAGUCUUAUAUAUUCGCAGUAUUGCAAUGCGUGUUAAGUGACUAGCAGAUUUGAACAUCAAAUUGGAUUUCUGCAGGAAAUGUGCGCCCAAAUGCAGGAAAAAUCCUGCAAGCCUGCAGAAAGGGCCAACGAAGGUAGACAAUGGACGCAGGUUCUAGGAGUGAUUGUCAAGAUUUUUUUUUAGUUGCCAUCGGGUGCAUGAGUGUGGGCUUCAUGUGGUCCUGGAGCUCCCCAUUCAGCAUGGUUCUAAGCCAGGACAAAGUCAAUUAUGAUAUAACGGAAGCCGAUACUGCAAACUUUUUGAUUUUCCAACCGCUAGGAAUGAUCUUCACCAGCUUCUUCUUCUUCAAACUGUCCGAGUACCUGGGCACGAAAAAGUCCAUCUGGAUUCUAGCUAUUCCCCACUUGAUCUCCUGGAUAAUCGUACUGUUUGCCGUCAGCAAAUGGGACUUUUACGCAUCCAGAUUCAUGGCUGGAAUGGGGGAUACGAUUUUUUUCUGCGCUGGGCCACCAUAUAUUGGGGAAAUCACCACGCCCAAAGUGCGCGGCUACUGUGGAUUCAUCCCGGUGAUGGCCACAUUCUUCGGAUCAUUGCUCAUCACAGUUUUGGGCAGUUACGUCGACAUCAAAACCACAUCCUACAUCUGCAUGGUGCCCUCACUCCUCUUCAUCGGACUCAUGAGUUUCCUGCCCGAAACUCCUCAUCAGCUGAUCAAAGAUGGCAAGCUGGAGCAGGCGAAGAGCAGCUUGAAGUGGCUGCUGAGAAAGCCGGAUAUUGAGGAGGAUUUUCUGAGCCUCAAAGCCGACGUAGAGCAGCAGCUAGCCGAUGGGGGCACGUUUCGGAACCUGGUCACCAUCAGCAACAACCGCAGGGCGCUGCGCGCCGGCUUGCUGCUCAGAUGCGGCCAGCAAUUCUCCGGAGUCUCCAUCUUCCUCAACUACGCUCAGAUGAUCUUCCAGAUGGCGGGCAGCAAUCUGAGCCCUCAGAUCAGCUCGAUUAUUUUCCUGACAACUUCCGGAGUGUGCGGCCUGGCAUGCAGUGCGGGGAUUGAAAAGUUUGGCAGGCGGCCGGCGUUGACUCUUUCCACUGCAGGCUGUGGAGUGAUUCUGCUGGUGAUGUCGGUGUAUUUUGCGCUGGAUCAGUACCAUGUGAUCCCUCUGGAUGCGUUGAGCUGGUUUCCUUUAGCGGGAAUGCUGGCGUAUGUGAUGAUGUUUUCCACAGGACUCGGAAUCGUUCCCACUGUAAUGCUCGGGGAACUUUUCACCGGUAACAUGAAGUACAAGAGUUUGGCCGUGCUGGCGCUGGCUUUUGGAGUUGCCGUUUUUAUCGCCUCCAAUAUCUUCACCUUGCUUACCACAUAUGUGGGUCUGUAUGGGCCUUUCUUCGUUUAUGGCAUCAGCUGCUUGGCCACCAUGGUUUUAGGGCUGAAAUGGGUGCCAGAAACCAAAGGAAAAACUCUCGCUGAAAUUCAGCUGGCCCUGAAGAAGUGAUUGUUUCGGUUAAUAAAGUGAAAGUUGUUUUCAGUGGA